AUGUACAAUCAACGCAAUCAACUUGAAAAAAUGGGACAAAUUAGAUUUAAGAAGCGUCCCAAUGUUAAGAUUUGUUUCUUCACUGAUCCUAAAAUUGAAAGCGAAGGACUUCUUAUUCCUAUUGCCGAUUUUGGUUCUAGACCAUCAGCAUUAGAAGG